ACACAAUAAUUUGAAUAUAAACAUUUCUUUUCGACACAAAAUUAAUUCUAUCAUCAUCGAGCAUUGGACUGCUUUAGCAUUGAUAGGCUUCAAGGGCAUCGUCAUUUUGAUUUAGAUAAAAUACGAUCAUUUAUAAUAAUUUUUAGAUAUAGCCAUCUCUUUCAUUGGAUCUUUUAUUGACGUGUAACAAAUACGUUUUUGAAGAUGCAGUGGCAUUAUUGCAUCUACAAUUUUGGUCUCCUCGUGAGUUUCUUAUUAGCGUGAGUUAUUAUCAUUUAUUAAUGGCUCAUCGCAUAAAUAAUACAUGCAUGUAGGUCAACCAAUCAUGUGCAUUCUGUAUAGGGCAGCAUGAUAUCUGUAAAAGAAGAGUACUGUUAGGCAUCUUAUUAACGAAUUUCAAGUGGUAUAUGCAUUCUGGAAUUUUGAUUAAAAUAAUUAUUGUAAUACCACAGAAUAAUGAUGUGUCAAAACACAUGUCCACCACAACCGAUUUUUCAAGUGAAAAAUAACGAGGUAUUAGAUAUGAUCCGACCACUACUUUACUAUAACUUUACUAUAACACCUUUACUCGUAGCCAUCAAAGCAUCGAUGUGCGCUCCAUCUCUAGCAAAAGAAAAACAUUUCUGCUUGAUAAACGUUAAAAAACUGGGCUAUGAUCACGCCUUCAUACUGGACCCAUCCAACCGAACGAACUUCGUCUAUCCAGACGCCAACGGCACGAUCAGCUUACUAGAGAGUCAGGCCGUCUUCUUAUCCUGUCCUGGUGCGAACAACAAUCUUAAUGUUCCUGAAUCUCACUGAUCCUCCAAUUUCAACUGCAUUUGCAACACAGCCUUUUACGCUGGAAAUAUGAUCUACAGUUUUAACGAUCUCACCUGCCGAUCGCCGCCUGCCUACGAGAUCGUGGAUAAAGGAUUCUAUGGUCGCGAGAGCGAGUACCGAAGAUUCGAGAUCGGUUUUUACACAGUCGGUGAGGAGUACUUUUUGAAGGUCAUCGAUAUUUACUACGACAGAUUGAGCACGUCGACGAUGUACGCGAAAUCGGUAGUGUCCAAGUGGAUCGCUGGGAGGCAAAAACCGGCCAAGCAUCAUCGGUACGAUCAGACGCACUGCUGUGAACGAAAAAGAUACAGACUGGACAUGGACAAGAUAUACAGCGCUGUCACGCAGGAUCGCAGCUUCGCGGAGCAACUUUAUUGUCACGAUAGCCAAUUUCCUUCAGUAAAUUAACCCUUUUACAAUG